UUUGAUUCAAUUUAUUUAUGGUCAAUGUUUUGAGAAGCUGAAUGGUGUGUUUACUUAGUGCAUACAAUUUUAGUGUCUAAUCGUGUAUUAAAUCCGGAUUUAGUACAAAAAAUAAGCACCAAGCAUUAUUUCCAAAAAUGCUUGAAAAUUGGAAGAGUUGGUGCCGUCUGUGCGCUAACGAGUGCACCGUCUUUAACUUGGAUUCGCUGGAAGAAUUGAACGAGAUCAUUUUGAAGCACUUUGAUUUCACGCUCCAAGAGAUCGGGGAUGUCUGCCACGGUAUCUGCGAGGAAUGCUACAAUUUCGUUAACAAAUUAGAUCACUUCAGAGAGCGUUGCUUGCAAACUAGUAAGCUGCUAACGGAACUGCAUGCAGCAAACGACGAGAAUUUGACUGAAAGUGAUGUACAGGAUUAUAGGUUUCGGUUUUUAAGCGAUUCAAUAGUUUCACCGGAGAAAGAAAUUAAUGGUAAAAAUAGUAUACGGACUAAUCCAACCGAAUCAUCUGUGGCAGCUUCGACCUCGCAUCAAAUUGCUCACGUUACAAAAGUUGAAGAGCAAGAGCUAGUUGAGCUGGAGAUUGAGGAAAUAUCUUCGCAUAAAAUAAAAGAUGAAGCUGAGGAACUAGUGGAGUAUGACAACGAAACUUUGACGCAGGAUGAUUUCGGAGAUGCCGUUCUUGAUGUGGUAAUAAGUGAAGACAGCUGUAAAUCGGAGGAAGAAACGAAACUCCGGAGAUCCAAACGACCGAACGGACGUAGAGUGGAAACUAAGCAUGUUGAAAAGACACGAUAUGAACCAGUUGAUAAUGCGGAAAUCGGGAUCGGCUGUGAGUCAUGUGAUAAAAGCUUUCGCACGCGUUCGCUCUAUGUGUACCAUCUUCAGUCGAAACAUCCCGACUCGAAGGAACUUUCUUUCAGCUGCUCACUUUGUCCAAAGCGGUUUCCUUCAGAGAAGAAAGCUAAAGUGCACGAGUACGUGCAUUUACCGAACGAAAAAAAGGUACUGCAUCCGUGUGGUUUCUGUGAUAAAAAAUUUAGCAAGCUUGAGAAUGUACAAGCGCAUAUAAAAGCUGUUCAUAUAGGCGAACGUCCAUAUAUUUGUGAAGAAUGUGGCAAGGCCUUUGGAACAAAAGGAACUUUAACGCAGCACCAAAUAACUCACAGUGAUGAAAAACCUUUUCAAUGUGCUUAUUGUCCUAAAAAAUUCAAAAAUCUAUCUCGGUUGAAGACACACGAGGAUAUCCACAAUGACACACUCUACGUUUGUCCUCACUGUGGCCUACAGUUGAACACCAAACGUACCUUGAAAAUGCAUAUGGUUGUGCAUUCGGACCAAAAGAGGUUUAAGUGUCAGUACUGUGGUAAUGAAUACAAGCGAUCUAAAGCACUAAAAACUCACCUGUUAUUACAUACUGGGUUGAGGCCGUAUCAGUGUCCGUUUUGUGAGAAGACGUUCGCUAACGGUUCCAACUGCAGAAGUCACAAGAAAAAGGCACACCCCAAAGAACUGGCUGCGAUGGAAGCUUCAGGCGUGCAAACGCGAACUACUAAUAUACCUAAGCUACAGCAACUGCAACCAAAGAUAGUAGGGGAUCAUUCGAACACAGUGUCUGAUGCGAAUAAGCCCACGACGUUGGCCGCUUCGUCCAGCCCAACUCGCGUCGUAAUCGAACCUCAUCCAGCGGAGAAUGUGAUAUUGCCGCGUAACGUACGACUGGUAACAGCCUAUUUUCAUUCUCAUAGUGAACCGCCUCCGUUGAACAUAUUAGCAAAUAGCACCAAAAGCGAACCACGAAUGGAUACGGUUACGGUCGGCCAUGUAGAUUCAGAAUCUGCAACAAGCCAGCUGCCGUUGGCCGUUGCGGAUGUAGUCACGUUGCCACCGUUACAGUUGAUUUCUAGUAAUCUCUAGGCUUGUGCUUGUCGCAGUUUUUAAGUGUUUUUGGUUUUCAAAAACAUAUGAAAUAAAUGCUUGUGACUGAUGA